GUCGUCCAUGGAUGAAGCAGAGGAGAGAGAUCCGCGAGGAAGGGAGGACCGCGCCCGUCCAGCCGCCGCGCACAAUCGCCGCUCAUGUCGCCGGCGCCAUCCCCGUCAAAUCCCCGUUGCCGAAGCUUCUGGCCGUGCCUCUGUCGCCGGACAACACCGCUACCGCCUGGAACCCCCAUUGAAGUCAGUAUCUGUGUGGAUGUCUGAUCACAUUGUCACUGCAAGUUUUUUUGUCCUGCGCCACCAUUGGAGCCGCCCAACCGGUACUGAAAUCGCUGCUGCUCUGUGUUCUUUUUUAGUAAGUAUUUACGUUUCGAAAAACCUCUGCGUUAGUGUCAUGUUAUGUCCUAGCUUACAUGUAGCGAUCGAGGCUGUUUCUGCUUUUGGGAAAGCAAGCGGAGCAGAGGCUUCAGUUGCCGCUGAUUUUGGGCUGAGAGAAACGAGUUCAGUUGACGCGUUUGGAUUAUGGUUUUGCGUGUCGAGGUAG